UUUUUUUAACUGUCAUUCCUGUCGAUUCAUAUUUAAAAUGGCUUCGGUGUGUCUAUAGAAAUUAAUAGUGUAUAUUAGUUUAUUUUUUUAAUUUGCCCCAAUUUUUUUUCAAUAUGCCGAAAGGGAGACAAUCUGUUGAUUCAGGAUCCAAAAAUGCCUCUAAAUCUGAUUUAUCAGGGUCUUCCGAUCAUAAUGUCAAAAUCAUGAAAAACGUUGAAGGAGGCGAUGAAGUAAAAAAAAUGCCACGGAAUCGACGUUUAAUGGAGCGCGUAGAAAUGUUAGCCCGUCCAACCGCCAGGCGUUUACGUUGCUUGUGGGAUGAAAAGGGUGAUGUUCUUCCACCUGAAAGGAGGAACAAGAUCAAAAGUGCUUUGGAAGAAGAUUACUUCCUUAGUCCAGAACAAACUGAGCAAUAUUUCCAAGCAAUAAGUGGCUCCUCAAAACACUGGUCGGGUCCUGGUGGUAUGGUAAGCCGAAAGGAUCAAGCGGAUAAAGUACGUGAAUUAAGACAACGACAGAAGUGGCUUAUUAAUUUCAGUGCACAGGUGGCCUACCGUCUAUGCGAUUAUAUAGCGAAGGGGCAGAAGGAAAUAUUGGUGUCAAAUAGGCUGAGAAGCAUUGCUGAUGUUGUAUUGGAACGUGUGGCUGAAAUUUUAGGUGAGCCGAAGCCAGCUCGCACUGACCCUGGUCGCCUCGCCCGUUUCAUGGUGGCUAUAUCAGAUCGCAUAGCUGUAUGGAUUGAAAAUGCCGUGUACCGAGCUGAUGCCAUCGAGCCCAAGGAGUCCAGUAUUGAUGAGCAUAUGCGCCUGGACACGGAAAAACCCCUCAUCUGUUAAAGCAUACGAAACAUCUUUAACUAUAUCCAUAUAAUCAAUAUUUAUCAAAGGUAAUUGAAAACUCUUUUAAUUC